CUAGAGUUUAAUAAAAAAAAUAACAAUAAAUACAAUUUAGUCUAAUUAGUUAUAAUGCACGGAAUUUGAAAUGAGACAGUUCCUAUCCAUGUUUUUUCCUUUAUAUAUUUUGUAGAUAUGGUGUAUAAUCUCGUAUAAAGAAAUCGAUCUAGGAUUAAAGGUGGUGGAGGCUUGUAGAUAUGGUGUAUAAUCUCGUAUAAAGAAAUCGAUCUAGGAUUAAAGGUGGUGGAUGCUUGUAGUAUGGGCAACCAUAUGGCCACGCAAGCAAGCAUUGACAUUUUAAUUAGAAUAAUUCAAAAAAGAUUCUUACUAUUUAUGAGACAUUUGUUGUGCACAGAUUUUUGUUUAACGUCCACUCCUCCCCCAACAACACAUCAUCUUCUUCUCGUUGCUCCUUCAAUCCUUCAAGGAAAAGGAUAAUAACUAACCCAAUAAACAAUGGGGAAAUAAAAUAGGCCAUAUAUUUUCAAGUAUAUUUUUUUACAGAUGGAGAUGACUUGGCCUGGAGAAUGUUUCCCCAAUAAAAUGCAGCCUCUUGUGCCUUGAUUGCUUCUUCACUGGAAACCCAGCAGCCAGCACCUCCCAAAAGAGAAGCAAAUAAAAACUUUACAAAGUUCAAAGCUUUUCUCUCCUUUUGUUUGUUUUUCUGCUAAAUAUUACAACUUUCCCUCCUCUAAUGGCUAUCCCAGUUGUUGAUUUCUCCAAGGUUGGCAAUGGUGCUAGCGCUGAGGAAAGGGCUGCAAACAUGGCUCUCAUUGCCAAGUACUGCGAGGAGUGGGGCUUCUUUCAGCUGGCCAACCAUGGAAUCUCAGAGGAGCUCCUUGAAAGGGUGAAGAAGGUUUGCACAGAGUUCUUUAAGCUGGAAAGGGAGCAAAAUUUCAAGCAAUCGCCAUUGUUCAAAUCCUUGAGUGAUUUGCCUGAUGGCCAAAUGCUGGAGAAUGUUGACUGGGAAGAUGUCAUCACACUUCUUGACCACAAUGAAUGGCCUUCACAGACCCCUGGAUUCAAGGAGACAAUGACAGAGUACAGGGCAGAGCUGAGGAAACUUGCAGAUCAAGUAAUGGAAGUGAUGGACGAGAACUUAGGGCUACCAAAAGGGUACAUCAAGAAUGCAUUCAACAGCGGUAAUGGAGAAGAAGAAGCCUUCUUUGGGACAAAAGUGAGCCACUACCCACCAUGCCCCAAGCCAGAGCAGGUGACCGGGCUGAGGGCCCACACCGAUGCAGGCGGGGUUGUGAUGCUGUUCCAGGACGACGUCGUUGGAGGGCUCGAGGUGCUGAAGGACGGGGAGUGGUUCGACGUGCAGCCAAUGAAGAACAGCAUUGUGAUCAACACCGGGGAUCAGAUUGAGGUGCUGAGCAAUGGCAAGUACAAGAGCGCCUGGCAUCGUGUUCAGGCGAAGCCCGAUGGCAACAGGAGGUCGAUCGCCUCGUUCUAUAAUCCGUCGAUGAAGGCCACCAUUGCUCCGGCUCAACAGCUUGUGGGGGAGGAGAAGGGAGUUGAGGCUUUUGGGUACCCUAAGUUUGUGUUUGGGGAUUAUAUGUCUGUUUAUGCAGAGCAGAAGUUUGAACCCAAGGAGCCGAGGUUUCAGGCUGUGAGGGCCAUGUGAUUAUGUGGUUUCCAAUUCCAACUCUAUGAGUUGGGUUUCCCUUUCCUUUUCUCCCCUUUUUCUUUUGCUUUUCUCUGAACAAUACAUAAUGUGUUGGGAGAAAUGAAGUGGGUUAUCUGUGUCUGUGUGUGUGUGUGUUUGUGGGUUUAGAUUUGCCUAUUAUGUAUUGUUUGGCUUUGAGAUGGAAAUGGAGGGAGUAAAUGCAUUAUCCAUACAUGAACUUGGUUAGCUUUGUACUAUACAAUAUAUAUAUGUCAUGUUGUGAUGGAGAACUACUAUUAUAAAGACUGAAUCUUCUG